CGGGACUGUCGGCAGCAAUCUGGAGGGAAGGAGAGAGACAUGGGCUGUGUGAGCAGCCGAGAGAGCUCCACUAGAGCAUGGAAGCCAUUAGAGCAACGCAGCUGCACAGACAUACCAUGGUUACUGAUAUUUAUCCUGUUCUGUAUUGGAAUGGGUUGUAUUUGUGGGUUUUCAAUAGCCACAGGAGCAGCACAGAGACUAAUUUUUGGCUAUGACAGUUAUGGAAACAUUUGUGGCCAGAAGAACCACAAAGUAGAAGGUAUUGAAUUAAGUGGGAUUGACCACACAAAUAACAAAUUUGUCUUUUUCUUGGAUCCUUGCAACCUGGAUCUGACCAAGAUGAAAAUCAAAUCCAUGGCGCUGUGUGUGUCUACAUGUCCAGCCACUGAGAUGAAAUAUCCUAAGGACGUUGAAAAAUUUGCAAAGGAAAAUGGAUCAUUGCUGUGCUCUUAUGAAGUGAGUCCAGACAAGUAUGUAAAGGAAUGGAAAAGAUCGAAAUGUCCUAAACUUCCUGUUCCAGUUAGUAAGCCUGUGCCAUUCUUCCAUCGUUGUGCCCCAGUGAACAUUUCCUGCUAUGCCAAUUUUUCUGCGGCCCUGAUCAACUUCUUCCGUGACAAUAGUGUCUUGCAGAGAGUGAUUAGUGGAGUAAUGACCAGCAAAGAAAUUAUAGUAGGACUUUGUUUUAUUUCACUAGUUUUGUCAAUGAUAUUGAUGGUGGUGAUCCGCUACAUCUCCAGAGUGCUUGUUUGGAUCCUUACAAUUCUCACUAUCGUUGGCUCCAUUGGUGGCACAGCUCUUCUUUGGUGGUUGUAUGUUGAUCAGAAGAAGGCUGAAAGUGAAGAGCAGUCAAAGGAUCAAGCUGAAAUGGCAUUUGAUAAUGCUCAGGCUUUUCUGGUGUACGCCAUUGCAGCUACAAUAUUCACAGUCAUUUUACUGCUCCUUAUCCUAAUCAUGAGGAAACGUGUGGCUCUUACCAUCUCCUUGUUCCAUGUGGCAGGGAAAGUCUUCAUUCAUCUUCCAUUCCUAGUCUUACAGCCACUUUGGACUUUCCUGGCCCUUAUACUUUUCUGGGUAUACUGGGUCAUGAUUCUCCUUUUCCUGGGUACUGCAGGAGAUCAAGUUCUAGAUGAGCAAGGUCUUGUGGAAUUUAAAAUGUCAGGUCCCCUUCAAUAUAUGUGGAUUUAUCAUCUGGUUGGCCUGAUCUGGAUCAGUGAGUUCAUUCUGGCCUGUCAGCAGAUGACAGUGGCUAGUGCUGUGGUAACCUACUAUUUUACAAGGGAUAAGAAAAACUUGCCAGCGACCCCCAUAGUUACUUCAAUAUUCCGUAUAAUUCGGUACCAUAUGGGAACUGUGGCCAAAGGUUCCUUCAUCAUCACACUGGUAAAGAUCCCACGACUGAUCCUAAUGUAUAUUCACAGCAAGCUGAAAGGCAAGGAGAAUGCAUGUGCCAGGUGCAUGCUGAAGUCUUGCAUCUGCUGUCUCUGGUGUUUGGAGAAGUGCCUCAAUUUUCUGAAUCAGAAUGCAUACACUGCAACAGCCAUCAAUAGUACCAGCUUCUGUACCUCAGCCAGGGAGGCCUUUGUCAUCCUCGUGGAAAACGCUUUGAGGGUGGCUGCCAUCAACACAGUCGGUGACUUUGUACUGUUCUUGGGAAAGGUUCUCAUCGUGUGCAGCACAGGCUUUAUUGGGAUUUUGCUUCUGAAUCACCAACAAGAUUAUACAGUGUGGGCCCUGCCCCUCAUUAUCGUUUGCCUGUUUGGUUUCUUUGUGGCACACUGUUUCCUCUCCAUAUAUGAAAUGGUGGUAGAUGUUCUCUUCCUGUGUUUCGCCAUUGACACAAAGUACAACGAUGGAACCCCGGGGCGAGAGUUCUACAUGGAUAAAUCUUUAAUGGAGUAUGUGGAAAACAGUCGAAAAGCAUUGAGGGAUGCUGAUCAAGGGAGAGGUGGUAGUGGGGGAGAGAUGAAGCCAAUGGCCUCUGGAGCAACUUCUGCAUGAUUACAACCAACUUAUGGAACAUAGCAGGCAUUCCAAAAAGGGGCUUUUUUUUAAACACUUCUUUUUUGCGAGUUCUUAAAAAGCUCUGAAGUUUCGCAAGUUCAUAGCUUUACAGUGCCCAGGGUGUUUAUUUUCCAAAAUAGAUUUAAUUUGGACAGUUGUGCUUCAUUUUUCUUUCCCUCCCUGGAACUUUGCCAAUAAUAUGCAAUAAUUUGCAACAAUAUGCAGCUAGUUUAAAAAUGCAUUUCUUGGGGAUUUUAGUGACUCAACGUUUUGUAAUGAACCGCCAAUUUGACAUAACCACGUGUGUCCCAGUUCCAGGAAUCCCAUUCAGUAAAGUAUUGUCAUCCUAAAGGGAAUAUCAUGACUUGAGCUUUAAACACUAAAACGUGUAACUAUUGUUUGUAUGCGUUUCACAAUGCUCUUUUAUAAAUGAGCUGUGCAGCAAUAUCAAUGAAGUUUUAUAACAAUAUUCAGAAUAAUAUUUUGCGUGAUGACUUGUGCUGACUACAAAGGUGUACCUUACGGAAAUGCAAUACUGUAAUUUGGUGUUUUUUUAAGCAAAACACCUUGUUUUUUUUAACUCCUGGGUAUUUGACAGCUAUGCUUUAAAAAUGAAUGGUCUUGUAUCAAGUUUUCUGGAGCCAUUGUUUAAUCCAGUCGGACUCCUGUUGGAAGGAGCAUUUUUUAAUAUUAGCUGCUUUUCUGCUAAGCAUAAAUUUUGACUUAUCAUUGAAGCUUAUUUGUGGAUGCAAAUGAUUAACAUUGAUAUGCCAAAUGUUGAGAGGCAAAACCUGCAAUGAAUAUAUUAACAUUGAUUUUUAUUCCUUAACAAUUCUAGAAUAACAGUAACUGGAUCUAGAUCCUUUUGUAAAUAACCACUUUAGAAUUUUUACAUGACCCUGAUUCUCGCUCUUCCAUCUCUCUCUUUCCCAGGGGAUUACUGGAUUGUAAAAUUACAAAAUUGCUUCUAUUUAUUCAUUAUAAAAACCUUCCUCUAAAGUUGAGUCUAAAACCUUGUAUUGCAACAAAAUCAUGAACUACAGUGCACAUUAUUUCAUCACCUUGAACUUUUUACUAUUCCUUUCAGUUAAAACCUGUAAUUCAGCAAUUUGUUCAGUCUUACAAAUAUCAAAGUAAGCUGCAAAAAUAUUUUCAGGACUCUUUUGAAAAAGCAACAAAGCUGUGGUUUACCACUGACCUCUCUAACUGAAGAAAUGAUUGCACUGUCAAAUUUAUGGCCCAAAAUAGAAGCAUAGAAGUCUACUCUAAUGUUUGCACAUACACACAUUUAUUUUUAAGUUUAAGUUUUUGGGAAAUAAGGUUUAGUGGUCUUGUUUAACCUAUUUUGAUUUUCUUGUGAAUUGUUUGCUGAAUUGUGAGGAUUAUAUCAUCAGUUAUAUGCAGAAAUCUUUCCCAGAAAUGUGGGUGAAAAUCGCAAUACAUCAAGAUUUAGUCAGCUAAUCUUUAUUUAACUGACCUGGGUGUGGCUUGCUUUACCCCCCUUUUCACCUCUCACUUUACUCUCUCAAGUCUGUCAUAGUGGCUAUGCCAAAAAUGCUGGCUGCAUAUGGUAUUACUGGAUUAGUGUGAUUAGUAGAUUGUUUUGGUGAGUUAAAGCGAUAACCCACUAACCAAUAGUCCAAUGUUAUGGGGUGCAAUGGACAGUUUGGGGGCUAACUAUUUUCCCAGGUGAGGGAGUGAGUAGGUGGUUAGCCCAGUCAAUUAAUUUAAGUUGACGACCAGCCUCAUGAUACUGUUCAUUAUCAAUUUUCACCUUCAAACUGAAGAAAAGAUUGAGUGAAGUGUUUGACUAAUGAUUAGUCAUAACUUGCAGCUUGUUAAAAUAAAUCAGAUGUUUUAUCUGUUUUGAAAGGGUUAAAGUGUUCUGCUUUGAGGUUUAACUCUACAAGCUCCAUGAGGGCCAUGACUAACAUGAAACACCUUUUUUGAUAAGCAAGAGGAGCAUAUUUAUUAGGGGGCCAAAUUGAGGUGAGGUGCUUUCCAAACUUUAGGUUUUACAAUCUGGCUUGAUCACAUGUUGAAAGGGGAAAAUGGAGUAAAGUUGAUGUAAAGUUGCUUCAACCGACACCAAAACACACCUUUUAUUUCCAUUAUGAUCUCUACAAUGAAUUCUUUCUGGUAGGUUUCCGUCUUAUAUUGCAUUGGUGUCCAGUUUAUCUGCACUACAUUUUAAUCGCACAAAUGUUGCCGAAUGUCAAUUCAAAAUGUUACCAGCAAGAUUCGGCAAAACUUUCUUUUCAACUGCCAAGCGGUUGGAAAUUGCUGAAAAUCAUUGGUUUGGUUCCACAUUCCAUUUGCCAACUCCAAAUAAAGUUGUGUGCCUCUGUUCAAUAUAUUUUGUGGUCUGCUGGGUGACUGAACACAGAGAUAACCUGUAUUCUAUCAUGUGAGCUAAUUACUGACACUCCGCUAACUGAAAAUUAUUUUACAUACAUUCCAUAUAGUUUCAUUCCUGGACUGUAACUUUGUAAUAUUUGUAUUAAAAUUCAGCUUUUGUUAAUAAAAGAAAAUCCUUUA